UUGCUGCUUGCACUCAAUAUUAUCUCUAUUUUUUGCAGUGCCAUGGCUAAAGUAGCGAGACGUUUGCGGAAUGUUUCCGCGGCAUUCAUAGAACUAGCAGAUACUAUAAGCAAGAACCAAGAUGUUGAAACCGAAGAUUUCGCCCGUGCCAGCGCUCUUGUUGCUCCUUUCUUGGGUUACUUGGGUUUCGCGUUCAAGUUUGCGGAAAUGGAUUAUGUUCCUAAGGUUGCUGAUCUAGCUGAAGCUUCCAAGUCCUUUAUGACAUUAGAAGCAAUGCUGGAUCGAGACGUUGAGCAAAACACUGUCAGAUUAGCUGGUAGUCAUUCAAGAAACCUUCUGCGGAUCAAACGUGCAAUCGAUACAAUCCGAUCUUUCUUCAAGCUGAUUUUAACUACGGAAUAUGGGGACAUGUCCUUGAAAGAUCUAGGGAUUAAGGCUUAUGAUGAGACUCUUGCUCCUUAUCACGGAUGGGCCUUGCGGAAAGCCGUGCAUACCGGGAUGUUUACCCUUCCUACAAAGGCACAGUUCUUAAAGAAGGUGAAUCAAGAUGAGGCCUCGGCAAGAAUUGAUUUGCAAAGUUAUGUUGAUGCAUCAGCUAUUGUCAUUCAGUACGUUGACAAGCUUUUCCUUUCAAGGGAGUUGGGUACAGAAUGGUGAAACCUUUGGAGAGCACAUUUUGAUCACAUCUCAUGUUCGAUUGUAUUGAGCAUUUUGUCUUGCAAAGUUAUGAUUAAUUAAUAUAUUAUAUUACAAGGUUAAUAAAGGAGAGAAGUGUUUUAGAGGGUGGGAUGACAAUCUCUUUGAGACAAAUAUAGGUUUUGAUGCAUCCCAUCCCUCCAAGUUUAAUCUAGGAUUUGUACAAUUUUUGUAUA